UUAAUAUAACGGUGUACAUGCAAGCAAUUUAUAAACUAAUAUGCAAAUAUAUUUAUAACUAAAUAUAUUUAUGUGUAUGUAUUCAUAAUAUAAAUAUUUUGCAUAAAUGGAUGAGAAUUUGUUUUUAAAUAAGGAGCUUCGCAACGUCUAUAACUCAAAACGUGCGUAUAAUCUUUCGGAAAUCGAAAUUGUCGGCCGUUCAGAAAACGAUGCAACGCACCCCUUAUUACGAACGGAUCGACAUCCAACAAAAUUUGUGCUCUGUCUAAGCUGCAAAAGGCACAUUCAAAAUAAUUCCUUAAGUGAUAUAUGCGCACAUUAUAUGGUUUAUCCUCAUCUGCAAAGUUUUGUCAAGUGCUUAUAUUGCACUGGAAACGUUCAUCACUAUCUACAUCCUGAGAGAGUGCUUCCGGAAGUUUUCCACUAUUGUUCACCACGAAAACAAGAAAAAAAGACAUUAAGAAAUCUAUAAUCAUGGCAAAUAUUGACGCUGAUUCCGGUAACAAAAAUUCAGUCCUGCAAUUUGACGCAUUAUCAGAAAAAUCAGAGACAUCGGAAUAUUCCGAUCAUGAUACUGAAGAAGGCGACCCUAUUGACGAUGAAGUAGGUAGUUUAUUUAAUUAUUCAGAACUACAUACCAUUAACAAAUCCCUCGAUGUAAAUGUUAAUGGUAAUAGGUUUGGCCCUUCAAAUAAUAAUGUUUCGAAAUCCAUAAAUUUAGUCGAUCUGAACACACAAAGUGAACAUAUAGAAAACGGAGUGCCCGUUAAGUUUCAGCUGAAAACACCAACGAAAUCAGUAACUGGGCAUCCAAACUAUGGUUUCGGUAAGCGUUGGUCGAAAUCAGAAGACAUUUUACUUAAAUCUUUAGUUGAAAAACAUCGGGAACGCUGGGAUAUUAUUGGAUCACAUUUUAAAGAUAGACUUGAGCAACAAGUUCAACAGCGUUGGGCGAAGGUAUUGAACCCAGAGCUUAUUAAAGGACCGUGGACGCGCGAAGAAGAUGAGAAAGUUAUUGAACUUGUGCAUCGAUUUGGACCAAAGAAGUGGACUUUGAUUGCUCGGUAUCUAAAUGGACGGAUUGGAAAACAAUGCCGUGAACGUUGGCAUAACCAUCUUAAUCCAAGUAUUAAGAAAACCGCUUGGACGGAUGAAGAAGAUACAAUAAUUUACAAUGCCCAUUUAAAGUUGGGAAAUCAAUGGGCUAAGAUUGCAAAACUGCUGCCAGGUCGAACUGAUAAUGCUAUAAAAAAUCAUUGGAAUUCUACAAUGCGUCGUAAAUAUGAUGCUGAGCGUAGAUCUGUUAAUUCCGUAUCUGGUAGUGAUUUAAAAAGCUCACGCACUCGUCUUAUCGAAUUGAUUAAAACUGGUGGUAUUAAUAAGUGCCCACAAGCUUUAUAUACCAAAUCAACUCUUUUUAAUAACAGUAUUUCUGAUUUAUACAAAUCAGAAAUCAAUAAAGCUGUAGAAUCAUAUAAAGACGCUUUUGUUACAGUUAUAAAAACCGAUGAUGUAAUUAAAGAAAUGUACACUGAACCCCUCGAAACUUCUGAUUCUUCAACUAUUGAUACACAUAAUGUCAAUGCAUCUAUGAAGGGCACAUUCAGGACAUCAUUACCUCUUUUACAAUAUGAUAUAAAACUUAGGGCUACACCUAAUAUACUGAAACGGUCACGCAAACACAUUCCAGAUGCAUUGAAAAUUUCAGAUUUGUUAAAAAGUGACAUGAAAUCAAAAUUACCACAAACGCCAGUUAUAACCCCUAUUAAACCACUGCCCUUUUCACCAAGCCAGUUCCUUAAAUCACCUUGUCUCACAACAUUUAAGGAUAUGAAUUUACCAGCAAGCACACCAGUUACCAAAACGUAUAACAGAGUGGGAAUGGAAAUAAAAAAAGAGUUGGAAACCACAUCAAUUGAAACGCCACAUAAAAGUUUAGUUGGCCCACGCACUCCAACCCCAUUCAAAAAUGCUCUUGCUGCUAUUGGAAAAAAAUUGGAUGGACGCUCUUACGUACCGUCUAGUCCUUCGAGUCUAGCUGAAGAUCUUGCAGAAAUUAUCAAUGAGGAACAACUAAAUGACUCUGAGUUUAAUAUCAGUAAAGCUGAAAAUAGAUGCGAUAACAUAUCCAAACCAGAAUGUUCAAAUACUCUUGCAAAUAUAAGUCUGUAUUCGCCUGCGCCAAAGCGAGCCAGAAAAUCUUUGCUUCCUAGUUGGAACGUAAACUUAUCACAAUACGAAAAAAAAACGCAACCGUUUAUAACAGAGACACCUAGUAAAUUUCUUAUGUCGGAACAAUCGGUUACGCAUUUCUCCCCAAGUAACAUUGUUGAGGAGACUCUAGAUAGUGAACAGGACCUAUUAUUCGACGAGGGCAAAAAAGAAAAUAGACCAUACGGUCAGAGGUUUCGUGUCGUUUCCAACGAUCAUCUUCUGGAUCCAAAAUGGGCCCGAGUUGCAUGUGGCAAAACCAAAGAUCAAAUUUUUAUGGAGAAACAAGCAUAUGCAUGUCUUCAGAAUCUCGACUUAAUGCCACGGUCAUUAAAUUUUGAGAAACAAAAAUGAAAAAAGAAUUAAUAAAUUAAAU